AACUCCGAUAUCCCCAUUAUACCCUAUAGACUAAUAGACCUAGUUCCGAUUCGGACUUCCCUCUUUCCCAUUGCCUCCGCCUAAUAUUAACCACUUUCUCACCGACGAUUCAACUUUUGUCCCUCACCGUCGUCUUCUUCCGCCAUCCUCCGGCGAACGGAGUUGCUCCGCCGCUACGCCACUUCCAGUCUGAUGAUGUGUUGGAUUGGGUAGGGGCAUAGUUGAAUUGACUCAUAUUCUAUGUUGGAUUUAGUCCAAUAAAGAGAGAACUUUUCAGAGUAUUUUUUCUUAAUGACUUCACCUGAAGGACUAAGGACUUACAAGAAACAAGAUGUAGAUGAUUUAGAUGGAAAGACUGACAUGUUCAGAGAUGACGAUGAUGACUGGGAAGGGGACGCUAAACGAAAAUACAGGUCAAGCAAGUCAAGGAGAUCUGGCAUUACUGAAGAAUCUGAGGGCUUAGAUAGCAGUGGAAGAAAGAGAAGUAAUGUGGACAAAAGUGAGAGUCGCAAAAGAUCAGGUGGUUCAGGCAGAGUUGAUACUGAUGAGGAUGAAUAUGAUGCAAGAAAGGAGUCUCGCUCUAAGUCAAUGAGGAAGAAGCCUGAGGAGAAUACACUGGAGAGGUUGAGUAAUUGGUACCAAGAUGGAGAAACUGAGACUAAGCAUAACAACGGGGACAAAUCUGGGGGUGGAGGUCAUAGUCGAGCUGAUGAAAGUGACAGAAGGACAUCAAUUUCCAAAUUUUCUGAUAAUGAUGGUUCCCAAAACAGAAAUAAAGGCACAGAUGAAAGAAGGGAGAACAGCAAAGGAAAGAAUCAUGGAUCUUCUGAGCAUGGGCGUAACUCAAGGAAAAGAUGGGAUGAAUCAGAUUCUGUUAAAAAAGCUGAUGAAAGUGAGUAUAUAGAAAAUUUUGAUACUAGAAGUGGGAAAAUGGUGGACCCCAUAAUUGAGGGUCACAGAAACUCAAAUGAAGACAAAGAUGUUAAAUCACAGAACAGGGAGGAGAAAAGAUCUGACUAUGAAAGGGGCAAGAGAGGCAGAUUUGAAGCUGUAGAAGAAGAUAACAAAGGGCAUGCUUCUGCUCGUGAAGAGGAUGCUGCAUGGAUGAGGGAUAGGCGGGAAACAGACAGUGUCAAUAGGUCCAGGACACCUGAGAAGAGUGGGAAACAUUAUUAUGAUGGAGAAAAUUUUGAUAUGGAAUAUGAAAGAAGCACUCCUUCGAGGAAGAAAGAACAGGAAAAAGAUGGUUACAAGGAUGAUAGAUCAAAAGGAAGAGAUGAUGGCUGGAGUGACAGAAGCAGGGACCGUGAUGGUCCCAGAGAUGGGUGGAAGAGAAGACAAGGCAACUUUGCUGACAAAGAAACAAAAGAAGGUGGUUCAUCUUAUGACCAUGGAAGAGAGUGGGAGUUGAACAGAAGGGGUUGGAUGGACAAUGAUAGGCCUCGUCCUGGGGGUUGGAAAGAUGGGAUUAGGACUGAAGCUGUAAAAACCUCCUCUAAAUAUGGAAUUUCAAAUGAGAACUAUGAUGUGAUAGAGAUCCAAACUCGAUCUUUUGAUUAUGGCAGAGAUGAUGCUAAACCUACAUUUGCGAGGAAAAGUGAAGUCGGGCAACAUUCUGAUACCAGGUUGCCUCAGGAUGAUGAAAAGUAUGCAGUUUCAAGUGAUGAAAGGGGGAGAAAUGCCUAUGGAUCUGGGCAAUCUAGUGAAGAUUUUAAGGAUACACCAGGUGAUGGUGGUACUGCUUUAAAUCUAAAUUCAAGGAGAGAUGACAUUGAAUCUCAAGGGGAGAGAUCUAGAGGCCAAUCUGGUGAUUUGAUGAAUCAAGGAUCUGGUGGCCAAACUUCAAGUGGAGGUUCACAACCUCAUGGAAGUCAGGAGCCUUCUUCCUUCAAUAGAUCUGGUCCUCAAAGUGCUAGAGGAAUUAGACUUGGUAGAAUGGGACGAGGUAGGUCCACAGGGAGAGACAACCAUCAAGUAGGUAUUCAAAUGCCAAUGGUGGGGUCACCUUUUGGACCACUUGGAAUGCCCCCACCUUUGAACUCUAACAUGUCACCUGCUCCUGUUCCUCCUAUUUCCCCUGGUGUCUUCAUUCCACCAUUUUCACCGCCUAUUGUAUGGCCUGGAGCUCGAGGAGUCGAGAUGAAUAUGCUAGCGGUCCCACCUGGACCUUCAGGACUCCGGUUUCCCCCUAAUAUAGGAAACCCUCCAAAUCCCGGGAUGUAUUUUAAUCAACCAGGUCCUGGAAGAGGCGCACCUCCAAGUGUAUCUAGCCCAAAUUUUAACACUGGAAUGCCAGCUGGUCGUGGACAAACAGCAGAUAAAACCCCAGGAGGUUGGGUUCCUCCUAGAACUAAUGCACCACCUGGCAAAGCUCCUUCCAGAGGAGAGCAGAAUGAUUACUCCCAAAAUUUUGUAGACACUGGUAUGCGGCCACAAAAUUUCAUCCGGGAACUGGAGUUAACUAGUGUUGUUGAGGACUAUCCUAAAUUGCGAGAGCUCAUACAAAAGAAGGAUGAAAUUGUGGCCAAAGCUGCUUCUGCUCCUAUGUAUUACAAAUGUGACUUGCAUGAGCAGGAGCUUUCUCCAGAGUUCUUCGGUACAAAGUUUGAUGUCAUUCUUAUAGACCCACCAUGGGAGGAAUAUGUUCAUCGAGCUCCUGGUGUCACUGAUAAUAUGGAAUACUGGAAAUUUGAAGAAAUAAUGAAUCUCAAAAUUGAGGCAAUUGCUGAUACACCAUCUUUUAUUUUCCUUUGGGUUGGUGAUGGUGUUGGGCUUGAGCAGGGUCGUCAAUGUUUGAAGAAGUGGGGAUUUCGCAGGUGUGAAGAUAUAUGUUGGGUCAAAACAAAUAAAAACACUGCCACUCCGGGAUUACGCCAUGAUUCACAUACUCUGUUUCAGCACUCGAAGGAGCACUGCUUGAUGGGCAUUAAGGGAACUGUUCGUCGCAGUACAGAUGGCCAUAUAAUUCAUGCCAACAUUGAUACUGAUGUAAUUAUUGCUGAGGAGCCUCCGUAUGGAUCGACUGCAAAGCCUGAAGAUAUGUACCGAAUAAUUGAGCAUUUUGCUCUUGGCCGGAGAAGGCUUGAGCUCUUUGGUGAAGACCAUAACAUUCGGACAGGCUGGUUAACUGUUGGUAAAGGGUUAUCUUCAUCGAAUUUUAAUGCUGAGGCUUAUGUGCGGAAUUUCGCUGAUAAGGAUGGGAAAGUUUGGCAGGGUGGAGGAGGAAGAAACCCACCACCCGACGCACCUCAUCUUGUUGUGACAACCCCCGAAAUAGAAUCCCUUAGACCAAAGUCGCCUAUGAAGAAUCAACAGCAAAUGCAGCAGCAGCAGUCGACUUCCAUAUCUCUGACAACAGCCACCUCCAGCAACAAGCGGCCGACUGGAAAUUCUCCCCAAAAUCACAAUCCACAAAACGCGAACCAAGAAGCCUCUAGCUCUAACAUAUCGAACCAAGGUGGUCCCUGGGCGUCGCCUAUGGAAGGUUUUAGAGGAAGGGAAGGUGGACAGAUGACAGACGAUAGGAUUCUUGAUAUGUAUGCAUACAAUGCAUCUUUCGGACAGGUUAACCCCGAGUUCUUGGAUUACGAACCUCAUAGAGCAAUGAAUAUGUAGCGAAAUAACGCAUCAGAUGCCACCUUGUAUUCUUCAUUUUCCUUGUACACAAAAGACAUAAACGGCAGGGGAAUAGCUUCAAAUUUUUGUCUUUCUUCACUAGUUUAUUGAGUAGUGAAAUCAUCUCCUUUUAUUGUCUGCCUUUGC